CACUUCAGUGCGUCGCCCGGCGCGCCCGCGGUGGCCCGGUGUUUGUUUGAGCGCUGUGUGACCUGUAUCGCAGCACGGCUCCUUGCCCGAUAGAGGCCGGCCACUGGUCAGUGGGGAGAUAGUGCUCAGCGAUGGGCGCACGGCUCUGUGUGCGGUACGGCCUGUCGUGUCUGGUGCGUUACGACGGUGCGGAGCGACCGGUCGUAGCGGCGGGCGCAGUACGACGGUGCGGUACGAUUGAUGGUGUGUCGUGUUGAGAAGGGUGGACGUGCAGCCGAGGACGGAGCUGUGAGCUGUGCCCACAUUGCCGCCGUGGACCUCACCGGUGCCUCGAAACGGGACACUGCUCGGGGCCAGGCAGUCUUAGAGUGCUGUGGGAGUGACUGUGUGCUCCUGGUUUUCUGAUUGAGAGUGACCGCUGCAAGUACCCAACUGAGCGGAACCUGACGAUGGGCGGUACAUAUUACAUUGUCCUGUGAAACUGCCAGCUUCGAGAGCUGCUGGACCACCGCGGCUGACCCCAACGCCGCCAGUGCGCGGCGGACGCUCCGUGUCGCUCACUCCUCGGAGUGAGCAGCGACAGCCCGCCACCAUGUGUCUCCAACAACAGCCGCUCAUUCAGGAGCGUCUGCUACUGCAGCCCCUGGGCGGUGACGAGUCUCCGCCCGCCUCCGCCUCCGCCCCCGCCGACACAGCCUCCGGCCGGCCGGAGAGCGGCUCCUCGUGGCUGUCAUGGCUGUGGUCUCUCCUCUGCUGCCUGCCGAGCCCCGUGACGCUGCUGAAGGAGGCUUAUGUACGCUGGUACGAUGCUCGCGCGCGGCGGCGCUUCCUGCGUCGCCAGCGGCGUUGGCAGGAGGAUUGUGCGGCCAUGGCGGCCGCUGAGGCCGAGCGGGGACACCUGGUGCCCGGGGACGGACGGAUGUCGGAAGGACCGGGCGCAGAUGACGGAGAUAUGCGCUCGCCGACCGGUGGCGCCCCUGGCGGCGGCCCGCUGAACUCUGCCGGCCUGCAGGAGCGGCUGGCUGAGAACCGCCGUCAGCUGGCGGCUCUCGGCUCCCAGCCGGACCCCGAGCUGGCCCAGUACCUGGAGGACGAGCGGGUGGCGCUCAUGCUGCAGAAUGACGAGUUCAUGGACGAGCUGCGCAGGAACCGAGAGUUCAUGGACGCGCUCGAUGUUGACACCGCCCAUUUAGACGGUCCCCAGUGGCGUGACUACGAAUCGCUGGACGAGCCGGGUCGGCCGGCCGCAGGCGGGGACGGGCCGCCCUUCACCAAGUACCCAGACGACGAGGCCUUCAGGGAGCGGCUCAAACACAUGGGAAAAGCCUCUCGGAAGAAGUUCUCGCAGCUGGCGCGGCUGUUUCACUUUAACCGGAGGGGCGGCGCCCGUCACCUGUUGGCACCCGGCGCCGCUCCCAGUGGCGACCAGCUUCUGCUCGUGGAGGACCCACUCACUGAGGAGGACCUCAACUCCGAGCCCAGCUCGUCACCGGCGCCGCCGUUCGUGGACCGUCACUCGGUGCAGACCAGCUCACCGGGCGGGCGCAAUCGGACCGGAGGAGACCAGAUGGUCUGAGGGGUCCCGAGACCAGCUGGUCUGAGCCGUCCUCGGACCCGGAGACCGGCUGGCCUGAGCCGUCCUCGGACCCGGAGACCCGCUGGUGGUCUGAGCGGCUCCCAGACCCCGGGUCCAGUCAGACCGCAGUCCCAGACCAGCGAGUCUGAGUGGCCCCAGCGUCGGAUCAGCGGUAACCAGCUGGUCGAGUGGUCUCCAAUACCUACUGGCCUCUGGGACCAUCUGGCCCCAUAGACCAGUGGGUCGAAGUGGUCCCGCAGGCCAGCCGGACCGACUCGUCCCGGGACCGGAGCCACCGAGACGUGUCAAGUCUGCUAGCGACGCGAGCGGGGUCGGCGGCGGCGGGCGGGUCAGCCACGAGGCAACACCCGCGGGUAACGGGCGCAGCUUCCGUGUGGCACGUGUGUUAUCAAUGGCCAACCGAGAGGCUCUGAAUUAUUACUGAAGGGGCGUGCGGGUCAGUGCAUGUUUUGAGAGCGACUUGUAGUUGUUUGGAGGCAGUAUUGUUUGUGAAAAUGAUAUGAAGGCGCUGUGAAUUCUGCUGCCUACCGUUUUGUUGAUGAUUUUUGCGUCGGUUUACAUGUCUUCGGUUAAUUGAAGGCAAAUGAGCCAUAUUUGGGUUAAUGAUAUGCCUAUUUGAUAGUGCAUGCGUAGUAAUAUUGUUUUAUUCUUGGAGUGGUUUAUUUAGUGAUUUCUUGAGUUGUGAGUUUUGUGGAUGCAGUUUCGGGUAUACUGAAAAUUUUGGCAGCUACCUGCAAAUCGCAACGUGUCUGUGCAAUACUGAUCAAGCAGUUGCUUCCAGUUGUUGAACGUGUGAAUAAGUGUUCAGGUGUAUGGUUGUGCGCAAGCAGAACGUCCUUUGGGAGGAUGCCUUUGUGGUCAGUAUGGUGUCGUGUGGUGGACGGGGCGCGGUCAGUCUGGGAGGGACCGCCGGUAUAUACAGCGGUGUGUGCGUGUAUUGCCUCUGUAUACCUGUAUACCGCCUGUAUCACCGCCCUGUUAAUCGGGCCGUGAGGGAUGUGAGGGCCGCUCACUGAGCUGCACCGCGGCCACGCAGUGGGUUCACUUACACCCGUGUGGUGCCCAGCGCGGCGGCUGGUCUUGUGCGUCGACCGGCCCAUUUGCCACACCCCAUUUAUUGGUGUGCGCUGCGCUGAGGCCGCCACCCCUCCAUUUAUCGCCGUAGUGAGUGUAUAUCGGCCGGCGCACGGCCGUUCCCAGUGCCUGCGACGGUCUGUGUGCCGGGCGGUCCCACUGUCGUACCGUCCCAGCAGGGCCGCCCGCCGGCCGUCCCACGUGUACCGCCCUCGUAUAACGCCCACGCGCACCGCCACGGACGUAUAUAUCAAACGCAAAACGCAAUAUAUUCCCAUGUAUACUGUAUGCUGUGAAUGGUUGAACUCGAACAAUACACAUCAAUGCGUAUUCAGAU